CCGUCGGCGAUUGCCCAUGCAGUUUCAUGACUUUUGUGGGUAUCCUCGACCUCGGGCACGCGUAUCCAGCCUGAAGAAGGUAAAGGAGGGUAAUUACCAAAUCCGGCUAGCGUAGUUCUGCCGGCUGCGCCAGCCGCCUGGAGGCAAGAUUUGUUUCUGACCUCGCUCCUCAUUCUCGCCUCCACGGUCUUCACUUCUACAACUCCGUCAAUCCACGCAUCGAUAAUCACCACGCGCGUCGGAAAUCGCGCCCCUGGACCGCACAUUCAUUUCCGACACGAUACACGACUUGAUACGAUCGCGAUUAUUUUUCGAUUCUUCGACGCACUUACGGUGGCGGCGAUUGGGAGGAUCAGUGGAACCUUCUCCUGGGCCUCUGGCCGGGGACUGGUGUAGUCAAGAGCGCCAUCGAUAGACGACCUUGUCCGAUUUUUCCAUCUCGAAAAGCGCUUCGCGCGAUAGAUUCUCGCUUUCCGACUUUUUUGCGCCUCGUUUGCGACAUUUCCGGGUCGCGUAACGACUAUUGGCGACUUCUGCCUGUUUUCCGACACUAUACCUCGUGAUUUCCCGUCGACACAUUCUUUCCCAACGACAUCGAAAACACCAUCAAAAUGGCGAACCUUUACUUCACGCACUCGAGUGCGCCGAUCAAAACGGUCGAGGAGAUUCAGUUCGGCCUCAUGGCUCCUGAGGAGAUCAAGAACAUGAGUGUCUGUCACUGUGUCUACCCCGAGACCAUGGACGAGACGCGGACAAAGCCUCGCGACGGCGGUCUGAAUGAUCCUCUCCUUGGUUCCAUCGAUCGUCAAUUCAAGUGCAAGACCUGCAACCAGGCGAUGGGUGAAUGUCCUGGACAUUUCGGCCACAUCGAGCUGGCGAAGCCCGUCUACCAUCCUGGCUUUAUCAAGAAAGUCAAGAAGGUUUUGGAGAUCGUCUGUCAUAACUGCAGCAAGGUCUUGGCCGACAGAAGCGACCCUGAAUUUCUCCAAGCUGUGAACACGAGAGACCCCAAGGUUCGCUUCAACCGCAUUUGGAACAUUUGCAAGAAGAAGACUCGUUGCGAAAACGAGGUUAAGGAGCAGAAGCCCGAUGAUGGAGAGUACGGCCUCAACAUGAAGCAGGCUCCCGUCAACCAUGGCGGCUGUGGAAACAUUCAGCCCAGGGUACGGCACAAGGCUCUGCAGCUCAUUGCCAAGUACGAAGCUCAAGGUGAAGAUGGCGUCAAGAAGAAGGAGGAGCCCCCAAUCACUCCAGAGAUGGCCCACAACAUCUUGCGUCGCAUCAGUGACGACGAUCUGAGAGAUAUGGGCCUCAACCUCGAGUACGCUCGCCCAGAGUGGAUGAUCGUGACCGUUCUUCCCGUUCCGCCCCCGCCUGUCCGUCCCAGUAUUUCUAUGGACGGAACCGGUCAGGGACUUAGAAACGAAGACGAUUUGACCUACAAACUCGGUGAUAUCAUUCGCGCCAACAGCAACGUCAAGCAGGCCAUUCGCGAAGGCUCACCUGCUCAUAUUGCGCAAGAUUUCGAGCAGCUUUUGCAGUACCACGUGGCUACAUACAUGGACAACGACAUCGCCGGCCAACCUCGUGCGCUGCAAAAGAGUGGUCGUCCCGUCAAGGCUAUUCGUGCACGUCUUAAGGGCAAGGAGGGUCGUCUUCGUGGCAAUUUGAUGGGAAAGCGUGUCGACUUUUCGGCACGUACUGUCAUUACCGGUGAUGCCAACUUGUCUCUUGACGAGGUUGGUGUUCCUCGCAGUAUCGCAAGAACUCUCACCUACCCCGAGACCGUUACUCCGUACAACAUCGGCAGGCUUCACGAGCUUGUUCAAAACGGGCCCAACGAGCAUCCAGGAGCCAAGUACGUCAUUCGCUCCGACGGUACAAGAAUUGAUUUGCGCCACCACCGCAGAGCUGGACAAAUUUCUUUGGAAUACGGCUGGAAGGUCGAGCGUCAUCUGAUUACGGGCGAUUAUAUCAUUUUCAAUCGUCAGCCAUCUCUGCACAAGGAGUCUAUGAUGGGUCACAGAGUCCGCGUCAUGCCCUACUCAACUUUCCGUCUAAACUUGUCCGUUACCUCCCCCUACAACGCCGAUUUCGACGGUGACGAGAUGAAUCUUCACGUCCCCCAAAGUGAAGAGACGAGGGCUGAAGUCAAGGAGCUGUGCUUGGUCCCCAUCAACAUCGUCUCCCCGCAAAGAAACGGUCCUCUGAUGGGUAUCGUGCAAGACACUCUUGCUGGUGCCUACAAGCUGUGUCGUCGUGAUGUGUUCCUCACGAAGGAGCAAGUCAUGAACAUUAUGCUGUGGGUUCCCAACUGGGAUGGCAACAUUCCCCAACCCGCCAUCAUUCGGCCCAGACCAAGGUGGACUGGAAAGCAGAUCAUGAGCAUGGCAGUUCCCAACAUUGUCAGCUUGCACAGUGCCCCCGAUUCGAAGGAGGAGAACCCCCUGAAGGAUGAGGGUCUCCUGAUUCAGUCAGGACAGAUCAUGUACGGUCUGCUUUCCAAGAAGAACAUUGGUGCUGCCAGUGGUGGUAUCGUCCAUAUCGUCUACAAUGAGCAUGGACCUCAAGCGGCCAUGAAGUUCCUGGUUGGUGUCCAGCAAACAGUUAACUACUGGCUGCUACACAACGGCUUCAGCAUCGGUAUCGGCGACACGAUUCCCGACAAGAUCACCAUUGAGAAGGUCCAGAUUCACAUUGACGAGCACAAGGCCGAAGUCGAGGAGUUCACAAGACAAGCUACUGCUAACGAGCUGGAGCCUCUGCCCGGUAUGAACAUUCGUGAGACUUUCGAGAGCAAGGUUUCGAAGGCCCUGAACACCGCUCGUGAUAAGGCCGGUACAACUACGCAGAAGAGUUUGAAGGAUUUGAACAAUGCCGUCACCAUGGCAUCGUCCGGUUCCAAGGGUUCAUCCAUCAACAUUUCCCAGAUGACUGCCCUGGUCGGACAGCAAAUCGUCGAAGGAAAGCGCAUUCCUUUCGGUUUCAAGUACCGCACCUUGCCGCAUUUCACAAAGGACGACUACUCGCCCGAGGCUCGUGGUUUCGUCGAGAACUCAUAUCUCCGUGGUCUCACGCCUAGUGAAUUUUUCUUCCACGCCAUGGCUGGUAGAGAAGGUUUGAUCGAUACCGCUGUCAAGACCGCUGAGACCGGUUACAUCCAGCGUCGUCUUGUCAAGGCGCUCGAGGACGUCAGUGCCAAGUACGAUGGUACCGUCAGAAACUCUUUGGGUGAUAUCCUACAGUUUCUGUAUGGUGAGGAUGGUCUCGAUGCCAUCUACAUCGAGAAGCAGCGUAUGGACCACCUCAACAUGUCCCACAAGAAGUUCGCCGACCGAUUCCGUCUGGAUGUCAUGGACGAGAACAGGCCGGAAGAGCUUGAGUGGCUCGAGUACGGCAACGAGAUGGCAGGCGACCCGGCCGUUCAGCAGCUUCUGGAUGAAGAGUUCGAAGCUUUGCUUUCUGAUCGCAAGCAGGUUCGCGAGAUCAAUUUCAAGAGGAAGGAUGAUGAGUCGAUGCAGUUGCCCUUGAACUUGAUUCGUCUCAUGGAGACUGCCAAGAAGCUCUUUGCUGUUGAAGAUUUCCAGCGCAGCGACUUGCGACCUCAAGAUGUCAUCCCCAAAGUACAGGAGAUGCUUAAGAGAAUGACUAUCGUCCGUGGCAAGGAUGACAUCUCCAAGGAGGCUGAUUACAGCGCCACAAUUCUCUUCAAGGCGCAGAUCCGCUCUCGACUCGCGUUCAAGCGUAUUGCUUGCCAGCAACGCCUCAACAAGAUGGCUUUCGAGCACGUCUUGGGAGAGCUUGAAACCCGCUGGGACCGAGCCUUUGUCAGUCCUGGUGAGAUGGUUGGCGUCAUCGCGGCCCAGUCAAUUGGUGAGCCUGCCACUCAGAUGACACUGAACACCUUCCAUUUCGCUGGUGUCUCUUCCAAGAACGUCACUCUCGGUGUCCCUCGUCUCAAGGAAAUUCUCAACUUGGCCCAAAACAUCAAGACUCCUUCCAUGGUUGUUUAUCUGAGUGGUGAGGACAACGCUAGUCAAGAAGCUGCCAAGCAACUUCGAAGCACGGUCGAACACACGACUCUGCGCUCCGUCACGGCUGUCACCGAGAUUUACUACGACCCUGAGAUCACUUCGACCAACAUUCCCGACGAUCUGGAUAUGGUUGAGUCUUACUACCUUAUCCCCGACGAGUCGCACGACAAGACGGAAGACCAAUCUAGAUGGCUGCUUCGUCUCACUCUGGACCGCCAGAAGCUUCUUGACAAGGAGCUGACUGUUGAGGACGUUGCUAGGCGCAUCAAGGAGGAGUACCCCAACGAUCUUGCUGUCAUCUUCAGUGAUAACAACGCUGAAGAGCAAAUCAUUCGUAUUCGUCCCAUGCAUGCAGGCAAUGACAAGGACGAAGAUGGCGAGAAGAAGAUUGAGGACGACGUCAUGCUGAAGAGACUUGAAACUCAUUUGCUCGACACUCUCUCUCUUCGUGGUGUCAAGGGCAUCGAAAGAGCCUUCUUGAACAAGGAGGUUAAGCUCAUCGAGACCGAGGAUGGAGCUCUGUUGGCUGCCAAGGCCGACGAGCGCUGCUCAGAGUGGUACCUGGACACCUCCGGAACAGCUCUGCGUCAGGUCUUGGCAGUUGAUGGCGUCGAUUCCAAUCGCACGUACACCAAUCACUUGUGGCAGGUUGUCGAAGUCUUCGGUAUUGAGGGUGCCAGAGCGGCUCUCAUCCGUGAGUUGACUCAGGUGCUUGCCUUCGACGGUUCCUACGUCAACCACAGACAUCUUGCUCUUCUCUGUGACGUGAUGACAUACAGAGGUACCAUCUCUGCCGUCACCCGUCACGGUAUCAACAGAGCCGACACUGGUGCUCUGAUGCGUUGUUCUUUCGAGGAGACUGUGGAAAUCCUUCUCGAGGCUGCAGCUGUCGGUGAGUUGGACGACUGCCGUGGAAUUUCCGAGAACGUCAUGCUUGGCCAGAUGGCCCCCAUGGGAACUGGUCACUUUGACGUUCUCCUUGACCCCAAGAUGCUGGAGACCGUCAUCAGCGACAACUCGCGCAUGGGUCUCAUGCCUGGCAUGCCGGUCAAGGGCGGCGAGGCUGGCGGUGCUGCCACCCCGUACGACUCUGGGUCUCCCAUGGCGGAUUCGGGUUACAUGUCUCUCAGUUCGCCUGCCGCCGGCAACUUCUCCCCCAUUGUUGGUGCUGGCCCCGAUGGUCCCAGCGGUUUCAAUACCGACUACAAUGGCGGUGGAUUUGGCAUUACUCCUGUCAACCCAUAUUCAAGCGCCAGUCCUGGACGGCCGACGAGCCCAUUCAGUACAUCCCCGACGUCACCAUUCAGCAGCGGUUAUGGCGGAUACUCGCCGUCGUCUCCCAACGCCGGCUACUCGCCCACAUCGCCGCUCAUUGACGGUGCUGCUGGGCGUUACGGGGCUACCUCGCCGCAGUUCAGUCCUUCGUCGCCCUCUUUCUCGCCAACAUCGCCCAUGCUCCGGCCCACCAGCCCUGCAAGCCCCAACUAUAGCCCGACAUCGCCAAGCUACUCACCGGCAUCGCCCUCUUCACCUAGGCACUACUCCCCGACAUCGCCCGCGCAGUAUGCUUCACCCACUUCCCCGAGCUACUCGCCAGCCAGUCCCAACUACAGCCCUGCAUCCCCCAACCUCCAUGGGGCUGGUCCCACGUCACCGUCGUACUCACCUGCGUCGCCUACGUGGUCUCCUACUUCACCGGCUCAGUAUUCGCCUACAAGCCCGAGUUUCCAACAGACUCCAGGAGCCCAGCAGUCUCCGACCAGCCCCAGCUAUUCGCCGACUUCUCCCUCUUGGUCUCCCCGGACACCUGGACCCGGCGGCUCCGGCAACUAAUAGUGCGCCGAGUUACGAAGAAGCAUCCAAUCGCGUCCUCGGUUCGCCACUAUCCUUCACUUUCCUAAUAUGCCGACUAAUGAUUCUACGGCUUAACUGGUUCUGGUCGAUUGGAAUAUCGCAUCUCAUUACAGACGCAGGCUGUCACUGAGAUUUUGCCUCUUUUAUUUUCUCUUCUCGCGUGGAGGAUAAGGAAUAUUGCAUUUAUAGAAGUGCUCUCAGAGACAAGCAACAUCACACAAAGCAAGAUUGCUACACGCAAAGACGAUAGAGGGGCCAGACUUGGGGAGACGCAAGGACAGCAACCAUACCCUCAUACACAAAAACAACAUCCACCAAAAAAAACCACUCAAAAGAAGCAAAAAGGGCUUGCGGUGAAUUAUGUAAAAAGCUGAUUUUUGUACAAUAAGGCGAUUAAGGGGGUGCAAGAGCAAGGGGGCGGUCGGGGACUGGCACGAUGAGAAACCAAGGAAAUGGGGUUGGCUCCUGGUGGCUUGAUGUGUGGAAGAGGGGAGAGAGCGAAGAAGCAAUGCAAUACCUGGGAACCCCUUUUCUUGAGAGGAUGAAGAACACACACACACAAAAACCACAGAUUGGAAUUAUCUCGCUAUGAGAGGGGGGAUGAUUAGUCCCUUGUUUCCUAUUCUAUCUUGCCGCAGAUUGAACCACCUCAUGAAAUUGGACCAGACUGAUAUUACAAGAGGAUGGCCGCCCCCUCGGGGCUUGGUUCGUGACUUGUUGAUGCACAACGUACAUUGCAAUCACGAGAUUGUGAGACACUUUUGUCGUCACCUCGAUGCUUGCGAAUCGUGAUGAAAUCGUCUGCCAUUGCCCGUUUCGACUUGUUGUACGUUCGUGAUGCGCUGCUGUUGCCUAUGCCUGCCUAGUUCUGCCUGCUUUCCGACUCCGCUGCCGCAGCGCCGCAGCCCUUUCCCACUUACGGAUGCUCCAAGUUCCGACCGACCCCAUGACCCGGAGAUGCUGCGCCCUUACACCCAUCACAAGAGUUGUCAUGGCUGAGUAACAACAGCAGGUGUGUGGAUUCCCACCCCCGAAAGAGCACGGAUGGGGAAGAUUGGCAUAUGCCCAGGGCAAGACAGGCAGCAAAAAGGAUAAGAGAAGAAGAAGGAAAAAGAGGGUGUGAGGCUAAGAGGAGAGCCAACCCGGCCGGGUCUGGAUCUGCACCUUGUCAUCAUUUCACUACCCAAUUGUUCCCUUUGGGCCUCUGGGCCCUUGGAGAGGGGGACCGGGAUCGUCAUGUAGGAUGUUGGUCGGUCGGUCGACCCUGUACUGACUGCCUCUGUUUAAU